CGGGUUUGAAACAGCUAUGACAUUAGUAGCAAUAAAGUGCAAGAAAUUAAAAUGUUAAAGAUUUUUUUUAUUGUGAUAUUGAAUGGAUUUGUAUUUUCGUCAACUGAUGUUUAUACCAAGACGGAUAAGUUAAGAACCGUACAUGCUCCCAAUGCAAUUGACAAGAAAUCAACAAAGUCACCUGAAGAUCCAUUAGAAAAUAUGCAAACGAUUCUGAACCUUGAAUCGUAUACAAUUGAUAAUUUUGUUAUGGGCGAUGAAAAGGACUUUAAACUCUUAUUGACUAAUGUGACAUUUAGUGGAGCUGCAAAUUACAAAAUUAAGAAAGACUGCAUUGGAACUAGAAACCACACGCAAGAAGCUACAAUUAUAACACCACAAAUCAAAAUCACAAGUUCCUAUAUUCUUCAAGGAACAAUCCAAGAAAAGACACUAACAACAACAGGACAAUCGCUAAUAGUUCUCAAAAAUUAUGUUGGACGAAUCAGCUUCUCAAAAGCUAUGGGAUUGAGUGCCAAAAUUCUGGAAGGAAAAGUUCACAGAUUUAAAUUGACAAAUUUAUUUGACGAUUAUAAAAUUCUUCAAGUUGCAAUCAAUGAGAAAUAUUUACAAAAUUCAACAUACUUUAUGGAUAAUAUUAAUCCAAUACUUAAUAAGAAAGUCAGUGAAAUUUUUGUCAGAAUUUUUAACAAAUUGACUGUAGUUAAUAAAGUUUAAGGCAAGUGUAUUUUUAAGACAAUUUGG